AUGUUCAUCGGAAUCGCGGCGCUAGUCCUCGCGGUCGGCGCGUACAUCUACAAAGAAGGUCUCCGUCCUCAUGAAAUCCUCACACGCCUUGCAGGCUCAUUUGCGUUUUGGGGGGCCACCGGUCCUCAGAGGACUAUUACGGAUGGAUCCGAUAGUAAAGCGUCGAUAAAUUUGGAGAAGGUUAAAGGGGGUGGGAAUGGAACUGCCGAUGGAGGGUAUAUAGCUGGUCUGCCUAGCCGGAGGGAUAAGGUUGAUAUGGUGGUUGUAGAAGAUGAGGAGGAGGAUCCGACGACACCGACUGCUCCUGUGAAGAUAGAACUCUCGAUACCCGAUGUUGAGGUGGAGUCUAAGGGAGUACGGUCGAGGAAGGGCAAGGCUAGACGAAUGCCAGACGACGACUCGGAUGAAGACCUUAGUGUACCGAUGUUCCCGGCGCUGAACUCGGCACAAAGAGCAAGCAAACCGGCUUCGGUACCACAGGCGCCAUCGUUGGUAGUCCCCGGGAGCAUGGGCCCACCACCUCUACCAGUCCCAAAGUUGGCGACAGGACCACCCUCAUUGGCUCUACCGUCAUUUGCUGCACCAGGCCUUAUGCCGCCACCCCCAAUACCCAUGCGGAAACCCGCCGGUUCGAGUGCUGCGAGUGCUAGAAACGCUCAGUACGCUCGGCCAGGCGGAUCUUCAUCUUCCUCGCUUGGUGUACCACCGUCGGCUUCUUCUCUUGCUGUCCCACCUUCUGCAUCCUCUUCAUUAGGAGUUCCUAAAACAUCUUCUCUCCAACUACCACCCACACACUCCCAACCUCCGCCAAAGCCUCGUCAAAAGGUGAUCCUCACACCCGGUCACUCACCCCUAGAUUGGGCAAACCAUCAACGAAAUCUGCCAUUCGUCCCACUUCGUCGCAUCGCGCCUUCUGAGCUAGCAACUCACGGUGCUCGAAAGAACGAAACGAAGACAUACUGGACAGUAUUAGAAGGCAAAGUGUAUGAUAUGACACCAUACCUACCAUACCACCCUGGAGGCGAGAAGGAGCUAUUGAGGGUGGCUGGGAAAGAUGGCACAAAGCUGUUUAAUUUAACGCACCCGUGGGUUAAUUGGGAUAAUAUGUUGAGAGGUUGUGAAGUUGGAAUCUUAGUAAGUGAGAAUGAGAUGCUAAAGAAAGAGGUCACAGUAGAUAGCGGCGCGGGUGGUGAAGAAGAGGAUCUGGAGAGUAUGGAUUAA